UUUAGUUUCCAACAAGAGUGUCAUUUCCAGACAAACCAUGACCGUUAUUGCUGGAAAAGUGGCCCUUGUUACUGGAGGAGCUGGCGGAAUUGGUCUAGCAAUGGUUAAAAAGCUUGUUCAACAUGGUGCGAAGGGUGUGGCAAUAGUAGACAUUUCUGAGGAAGCAGGAUUCAGAGCUAUAAACGAAAUUGUUAAAAUUUUUGGCGAGAAUAAAGCUACUUUUAUAAAAGCAGACGUUACUAAGAAAACAGAACUUGAAGCAGUUUUCGAAACCACCAUAAAAACCUAUAACCAACUGGACAUUGUGAUUAACAAUGCUGGAAAAGUGGACGAAUUCGACUGGAAAAGUACCGUAGAACUGAAUUUGGUUGCUGUUAUCGAAGGUACUUAUCUCGCUAUGAAAAAGUACCUUCCAAAGUACAAAUCUGAAGAUGAAGGUCUUAUAGUUAAUACGGCUUCAACUUGUGGUUUCCAUACGUUCCAAGUAGCUCCGAUUUAUUGCACUACGAAACAUGGAUUGGUUGGUUUAGGGAAAGCUUUGGGUGGUGAAGAAUUUUACAAAAAAUAUCAAGUACGUGUCAUCACGAUUUGCCCAGGGUUAGUAAGCACACCGUUGUCUGAACGACCAGAUGGUUUUUUAUUCCCGGAAUUGAAAGAUCUAGAAUUUAGUACCGUAAGCUUAGUAGCACAGGCACCGGAACGCAUAGGAGAAGGACUGAUUGAAGCUAUCAAGAAGGGCAAAAGUGGAUCGUUGUGGAUGAUUGAAGAAAAUAAACCCGCGUACGAAGUUGUGGUACCUCACUACAAAACCAUGAAAGUUUAA